UGGCGAAAGUAUCGUUACGAUUGAAUCAGACACGGAAUUAUAUUUUAGGACUGUUCAGACUUUUCAUUUUUUCUAUUCUUCCAAGAUCAAGAUCGAGAGAGAGAGAGAGAGAGAUGAAGAGAAUUCCCAGCAUCAAAUUCCCGCAAAGGCACCCGAAAAUCUCAGGCUCUCCAUCCCAAAUUCAAGCUGCAGCCAAAGAAAGGGAUGCCCACCAUAUUUCCCUUUCAAGUUCAGAUGUACCUGCACCACCCACCAAUACUGCUGUGGGAGGAAAAGCAUCUCUUCAACCUAAGCGAACACCCGUCUCAGACAGGGAAAUAGAAGCUAUUCUGUUGGGUGGCUGCUUCUGAUUUUGGUGCCGGGGCCUGAAGAGAGGCAGUGUGUCCACGCAUGUUCUGUUCUUUACCAUCAUCAUCAGUAAAUGGAACGGCCACCGUACUUGUCUACAGAGUUUAACAGUGCUGUGAAUUGAUAAAGCAGCCGAUAUAUGUUCAUCACAUCCUGAAUAAGAAAUAGCUUAAGCUUUGGUGCUGUCACAUUGUUCAUUUCAUUUCCUUUUCCGCACUAAUCCGUGACAAAAUGGUUUAUUUUUUUAUGGAUAUUUUGCUUCACAGUUUGCAACAAUAUGUGCUUCAGUUCUUCUCCUUCAUUUA